GUUCAUAUUUAGUUAGCAUCAGAAACGAUCGAGCAUCGGGAGAAGGAAAAGGAUAUCACCGAGUUUGCUGUUUUGGAAAUUCGCGAACACGUUGGCCUAGUAGAACAUUGUCAGUGUUCAAGAAGAUCCACUGGAUAACGUUAUCAUCGAAUCGAGAGUAAAUUCGACGGACAAACCGUAUCGUGAGAUGGCACGAAUGACUUAUACACGACUGAUGGUCGUGUUGCUGCUCCUGUCUGUCUCAACGUUCUCGGUGGACGUAAAUAACGCUUACAAAUAUAUUCAUCUAAUCAAGGACGUCCACUACUAUUACGAAACAUCCUGCAUCAUAACCGUAUUUUCGAACUGCCAUGACAAUUUCAAUGAAACUUCGUUGGCUUUUACAUGGUCACGGGCUUUCUCUCAGCUAGGCAUCUUGACAACGAGCGUAAGAUUUUCCGAACUGCCACGUGAGACUAGGACGUUCCAAAGUUAUAUGAGGCGUCCGUUAUACGUCGUCAUUCUCACUACAAAGGAGAACAUGGAUGAGUUUUCGAUGGCCACCAGACGGAUCGAUACCUCGUUUUCCGUCUGGCUCGUGAUGUUUCUGCCAUAUUGGGAAAAUCCCUUGAGACACAUUUGUCAAAAUCCUGUAGGAAACCCGUUCAAUUUGAAGUUCAAUACGGAGAUGCUGGUGCUUUGUUACGAUCAGCCACUUCUCAGAGAAUGGUACUCGUUGCCCGAUAAUCAAACGAGGACAUUUAACUUGGCCACCUGGAAAAGUAGCGUAGGAAUAAAAUUGAAGACGAACAGUUCCUUGUACGGGAGGAGAAACAUGUUUGGACAAACGAUACGUGUGUCGAUCCUCGAGGAUUCCCUGUUCGUUGAGCUGAAGAACGGAGUUCUUACGAACUUCUUGGGCGCAGUGAUCAAAGAGCUGAGUAAAUCGAUGAAUUUUAAGAUCGAAGUGGCAAGCUCGGUGCUGAUAUACGGUAGUUGGAACGAGGACAAAGGGAUAUGGACAGGAGUGAUAGGCGAGUUAAUAUCGGGCAGGGCGGACAUCGGCGUCGCGGAAUUUAGCAUGACUACUAGCAGACUGGACAUCGUGGACUUUACGUUCCCAUUAAUUUUGUCCCGCAAUAGAAUAUUCUUUAAGAAACCUGACGGCUCGUUCAUACACUGGUCCGCCUACUUUAAGAUAUUCACAAGAGGCAUUUGGUUGGUAAUAAUAUGCUUAAUCGUGACCACCCCGGUUUUUCUGACUCUCAUGAAAACGAGAGGCCGUGUCGUGAUGAAAAUCCUAGCGGAUAAUUACAUAUACGUUUGGGGGAUUUAUUGUCAACAAGCUCUGUCAGAGUUUCCAAACGAGUCCUCGAUGAGAUUGGCUUUCCUAUCGAUCUUCCUAUCGUCGUUGAUCGUUUUGUCUGCUUACUCCGCAUCGUUGAUCAGCUUUUUGACAGUCUCUACGGUUACACUACCCUUCACCACUAUGGAAGAGUUCGCUAAUCAUGGCUCGUACAAAUUGAUCACGUAUAAAAACAGCGCAGAUUACGAUAUGAUAAUUGCUAGUAACACUACCUUGUUCGAGAAACUGAAAAAGUUGUUGAAGAAAAAAGAGUACUUACCUGUGACGGCUCACGACGGCUUUACACAGGUUUGCAGCGAAAAAGUGGGAUUCUACAUAUCCGAAGCGAUAAAGAAAGCAGCCAGCCCAUUACCGUGUGUAGUUGCGUCCAUCGAGGCGGACAGGAUCGACAAUUUAGGUCUGAUUUUGAAGAAAGACAGUCAGUACACGGGAGUGGUGAAUUAUUAUCUGCGACGAUUCAAAGACAACGGGGUGCUGACCAAAUUAAAGAAUUCGUUUCUAGGAAUUAAAAAAUCUCAGAAGAAAGAAGACGUCACUGUCACUUUGAGCGGAGUUGUGCCUAUUUUAUGCCUUCUCGCAGGUGGAAUAGUCUUUAGCUGUCUCGUGCUGAUGCUUGAGAGAACGUGCUAUAAUUUUUGGCACUCCAAAUACAGGAGAACUUUCAAAUCUGCUUUAUGGCGGAAAUUCUUCGGUGAAAAGUUCGUCGUAGAUCCAGCAAACAAGGAGAGCCGAAUGAAAAAUCUCGCGGAGAGUUAUCAGGAGAAUUGUCAGUUAGAGAUUCCUCGUAACAAAAUUUCCUCGACGCAGUACAAAGGAGAUUUACUUUACCGUGAUUAGAUAAAUUAGCGGAGAAUGAGGAUAUAACGAUAAUGUUCGCGCGUUCACUGCCUAUCAAUAGGCCAGUCUCGUUAAUUUGUCAUGUAUUCCCAUUCUAUGCGCGAAAUCACUUUCACUUUAUGCGGCAGUAGCAUCGCCAGAUCGCGAGUAAUUAGUUGCAAAUUUUCGCAUAUCGUUUCAACGUGGCGUGCAUUUCAACGAGGCUCAAUGAACCUCUCGAUCAUAAUCCUAAUUAACUGCGUUAAUCACCGCUGUAACUAGACCCGUGUUAAUUUAUGUAAUA